GUUCGGAGCACGUGUGCGUUACAAUUUGGUGGGUUUUUUUUUAAUUUUUUUUUAUUUGGGUUUUUCUGACUUCAUAACACUCACAGGCUUUUUUACUCUUGUCGGAACGAACCAACCAUCUGUGAACAAGCCAUUCGGCCAAAACAGAAACACACAAGUGUUCCAACACAAACACACACUUUGCAUAUCUGAUGAUGAUGACGGUGAAUGGUUCAUAAAGCGAGCAGGACCGGAAUGGGAGUUACGCUGCGCUGAAAAAGGGCAAAAACAAAGCCCCUUUUGGAUUUCUCUUUGUGGGUAAAUGAUUGAAGCUUUUCGUGUCGUGAUCUUGAAUUCUUCGACGUAGAAUUGGAUUUGAUAGCCCUCGGGAGCUGUUAUAAUGUGUUAGGAGGAGUUUGGAAAGCUGUGGGCAUGGAAGACAGUUACUCUGUAUCGCGAAGAUGGGAAGAUUUGGACACUGACAUAUUGGUGAAGAUUUUUCAAACUUUUGACAUCUUCGAGUUAACUUCAGGGAUUGCUCAUGUGUGCAGCGCAUGGCGCUUGGCUUGCUGUGAUCCUUUGCUGUGGAAAACACUCGACUUAUCGAUGUUGAAGUCUAAUUUCAUAAAAAUCCCGCUGGAGCCCUAUGUUUAUGUCGAUGGUCGGUCUGAUAAGACAUUGACUCGCGUGUUGAAGAUUUCCUUGAGUCUUAGCCGUGGAAACAUUAUGACGCUGAUCUUCCAUUUCAACUUGUACGUGAGUGAUGAACAGUUGACCUACACUGCUGAAAGGUGUCCACGGCUCAAACGCCUAGUUCUUCCAGCUUGGAACAGAAUAAAAAAGACUGGAAUAUGCAAGGCCAUCCGAGUGUGGAAAGAUCUUGAAUCCCUGACGAUGCCCAGCAUAGCUAAUCCGCCAUACUUCAUGGAGGAGAUCUCCAGGAACUGCAAAAAUUUCAGUGAACUUAAGAUCAUGGGUCCCUGUGACGUGCUAUGUGCUUCUACAAUAGUUACAUAUCUUCCGAAAUUGAAAGUGUUGAGCCUCCGAUGCUCGCUGCUCAAUAAGGAUGCUCUCAUCUUGAUCUUGGAGGGCUUAAAGCACUUGGAGGUUCUAAAUAUAUCACAUUGCCUUCUGAUUGAGGUCCCUCCUCACCCUGCGUCCAAAAGAGUCAUUAAAGAACUUGAUCGUUUUAUCCUCGAGAGGGCAUCUCGGUUGCGCUUAUUUCUAACGUGCAUGGAAGACUCCUGCCUCAUGUGCGAGCGAACGAAAAACGAUGAAGGGCUUAUGAGGUGGUACAAAUAUGAGGAAGAUCUGUGGAAAGCUGACGAGGUUUGCUCACUUGCUCUUUGAUUUGAGCGUUCUGACGCUGUACUUUAGGUAGAUGUUGUAGCUUAUUUGCCUCUUUUUUUUUUUUUCUGUAAACGUGGUUACUUUUCGGCCAGAAAACGUAAUAAAACAUUUUGGAAUGGAUGUGAAUGAGAGCUCUCUUCGUGGAAUUAAUGUAAAAUCUUCUGUUUAAAGACAAUGUUUUCUCUUUCUUUGGAUAUGGGUGUGUUUGGAAUGUGGAGUUCCUAAGAUUUUGAUAAAUGGGAUUUAAUGCCCGCUUGGCAAGAGGCAA